CCGGAGGGAGGGAUGUGGGAGAGGGGAAGAGCGAGGGGGGCCCCGGCGUGGACCGGGGUGGGGGCCGGGGCUGCCAGCUUGGCCCUGGCCUGUCAAGCGGCUCAUUGUUCCUGCCCCGGGUGUCACUGGGCGCCGCCGGGGACAAUGUGGCACUGAGAGGGGCGGCCGGCGGUGGAGGGACGAGGCGCACGGAAAGGCUCAUCUCGCCCUUCCACCAUGGCAUCGCCAGACAGAGCCAGUGGUGUGGGCGGCAGUCCCGAGGAGACAGAGCUCAGCAUCACCCUGACCCUGCGCAUGCUCAUGCACGGCAAGGAGAUCGGCAGCAUCAUUGGCAAGAAAGGAGAGACUGUUAAGAGGAUACGAGAGCAGAGCAGUGCACGCAUCACUAUCUCAGAAGGGUCCUGCCCCGAGCGCAUCACCACCAUCACCGGCUCCACCGAUGCCGUCUUCCGCGCUGUCUCCAUGAUCGCCUUCAAGCUGGAGGAGGACCUGGGAGCAGGGGCCGAUGGGGUAUCAGCAGGCAGAGCACCGGUGACCCUGCGCCUUGUCAUCCCCGCCAGCCAAUGUGGUUCCCUCAUCGGCAAGGCAGGAGCUAAGAUCCGGGAGAUCCGCGAGAGUACAGGGGCACAGGUGCAGGUGGCUGGUGACUUGCUGCCCAACUCCACUGAACGGGCUGUCACUGUCUCAGGGGUGCCAGACACCAUCAUCCAGUGUGUGAGGCAGAUCUGCGCUGUCAUUCUGGAGUCGCCUCCGAAGGGGGCCACCAUACCCUACCACCCUGGUCUCUCCCUGGGCACCAUCCUGCUCUCUGCAAAUCAGGGCUUCUCCAUGCAGGGCCAGUACAGUGGGGUCUCUCCUGCAGAGGUGACAAAGCUGCAGCAGCUGUCAGGGCAUGCGCUUCCCUUUGGCCCCCUGGGCCAUCCACCCACCAUGAUGCCAGGACUGGAUGCCAGCUCCCAGAGCAGCUCUCAGGAGUUCCUGGUGCCCAAUGACCUCAUUGGCUGCAUCAUCGGCCGGCAUGGCAGCAAGAUCAGCGAGAUCAGGCAGAUGUCAGGUGCCCACAUCAAGAUUGGCAACCAGACCGAGGGCUCCAGUGAGCGGCACGUGACCAUCACAGGGACCCCUGUCAGCAUCACCCUGGCUCAGUACCUCAUCACAGCCUGCUUAGAGACUGCUAAAUCUACCUCCCAGGUGCCACCAGGCCCUGGCUCCGUGGACCUUGGCAUGGGCUUCUCCCAGCCCCUCGCCCCAGGCUCUGGUGCGGCACUUCCUGCCGUAGGCCCAGCCCCCCCAGCCCUCCUGGGCACCCCCUACGCCAUCUCCCUCUCCAACUUCAUCGGCCUGAAACCUGUGUCCUUCCUGGCACUGUCCCCAUCCUCCGUGGCAGGUCCCAAUGGUGGCACCACCACCUACACGACCAAGAUCUCGGCGGCCAAUGGCACCAAGAAAGCUGACCGGCAGAAGUUCUCGCCCUACUGAACCCCACUGGUGGGUGGGCCAGGGCGUCCAGGGUGCUACUCAGUAGCAGGGACACCUUCCCACCUCCCACCCUUACCUCAGCCUCUGCCAGGUGCCCCAUGUCCCCCACCCCAGGGAAGGGAAGGGUCUUCCUGGAGAUGCCUGCUGGAAGAAGGGGCUGUUUCAUUGCCUGCUGCCCAUCCCAGCAGUAAUGUGCCCCCCGCCCCUGAUUUUCUGCACAGAGACCAUGUGUCCUGUUAUUGGGUGUGGGGGCUGCUCCUGCGGGCCUAGGGUCCCUUCUCCCAGUGCCCUGUGCUGGUGUGGGACCUCUGCUUCCUGCUCCUCACCCGUCCUCCCCUGUCAUCCUGCUCAUGCCCACACUCUAUCUGGCACCCAAAAGCCAGGUUCCACUGGAGGAGGACUGCCUGGCCUCUCCGGGAGUCCCCCUUCCGCUGGCUCUGGUGGAUGGCCCUCCCUGGGCCACCCUGGGGUAAUUGCCUCCCAGAACCCCAUCCAAGAGCCAGUCCCUGCUGGCUUGGAAAUGCUGUAUAUAUAUGAGUCUAUAUUUUUUCCUCCUUUGUAACUUAUCAAUGGUUUAAUAAAAAGAUAAAAUUUACAAGAAAAUAACAAUAAUGAUAAUAAUAUUCUCCGCCCUGGGUGGAGACUUCCCCCAGAGCAGGGGUGGCCCUGGCUCCUAGGUAUUUGGGUGGUGGCUGGAAGGGCAUCCCUGUGUCUAGGAGGGGAAGCUGGCCUUCAGCCCCGUCUCUCUGGGGGUCUUCCUGGAACCCCUCCCUGCCACAGGGCAGUUAAAGAGGCCAUAGGGCAGUUUUCCCUCAAGCCUGCAGUUACUACUGGAGUAGGGACAUCUCCAACCCACCAAGCCAGCACCACCCCUGGGACCUUUGUGGGUGGGCUGAGGGUGGCCUCAGCAGCAUUACCCAAGAGGGUCCAGUUCCCUCUCUAGCAAUGGGGACCCCAUGAGAAUGUCCCCAAGUCCUUCAAAAGCAAUAAGACUGAAGGGGAACAGCAGCUCCUGAUCCCCUCUGGCUGCUGCUGCCUUGGGGCACCCACACAGCCACCCCCCACCACCCUGUCUCACCAUGUCCAGCCCAGUGUGCCCUUGGCCAGCAGCUCAAGUUGGCUCGUAUGUGGCACUGCUGACCAGACUUCAAACUGGGCAGCCCAUCUGUCCAGAAACAGCUCGGCAUGGACCCCCAGUUUCCCCCCAGGGGGGUGAUCAUUGCCAGCUAAGAGGGACAGAGGGCACAGCCAGGCAUGGCCACAGGCAUUGCAUGUUGCCAUGCCAGCAGGACAAA